AUAUGGUCGUAGCGAAGGGACUCCUACCGAGAAGGGACUUUGCUUGGAUGCUCAGGCCGCUUUAGAAUAUAUAAAACGAGAUGAAAUUUUAAGAUGUACCAAAUUAAUAGUAUAUGGACAAUCACUUGGAGGGGCUGUAGCAAUUGAUUUGGUAGCGAGAAAUGAAGGAAGUAUUAACAUAUUAAUCUUGGAGAAUACAUUCCUCAACAUGCAAAAAAUUCUUCCAGAAAUAUUUCCAAAAAUUAAAUUUCUCUGUUCAGAUGUUUGGCCAUCAGAGCAAAAUAUAAAAAAAAUUAAAACAAUCCCAAUAUUAUUUUUAUCAGGCAAAAAAGAUGAAAUCAUACCACCAUUUCAUAUGCGAAAGUUAUUUGAAUUAUCUCAAACUAGUGGUGGUAAAGAAUUGAUUGAAUUUAAUGAGGGUAGUCAUUUAGAUACGGUUCAACAACCGAAUUACUUUCAGCAUGUUAGCACGUUUCUUCAGAAACAUAUCGUUGCUUGGAAA